AUGCCAGCCACCUCCUCCCUCAAGGAGAGCACCGAAGUGAUCCGCAUGGAGACCUUCGGCAGGAUUCCCGAUCCCAGGAGACCUGGACAAAACGGGAACGCCAACACCGAGGUCCACGGGAAUUCAGGAGACAGCAAUACAGGGCUGCACAAACGCAGCCUUUAUGAACACAAUGGAGUUGCUGUGUGCUCGCAAAAAAGGGCACUUUGCAUCGCCACCAUCGUUUUUGCGGUCCUCUUCGCCAUAUCACUUAUCGUUGCCUUCGCGGGACCACAGAAUGACUGUCCUUGCGCUGGAGAAAAGCCGGCCAAUUUGGAAAUCGAGGAUGAUGGAGUAAGCAACGAACCACUGGCGACGAAUGGGGAGGUAUUCCCUUGGAACAACGUACGGUUGCCCACCUUCGUGCACCCUACGAGGUACAACCUUACGAUACACCCAAACUUGACAACCCUUGAGGUGAAAGGACAGGUGACGAUCGAGUUCUACGUCGACAAAGAGACCAAUUACAUUGUCUUCCAUAGCAAGAAUUUGACAAUAAACGAAAAGAUGGUGCAAGACCGGAAGGGACACCGACUAAAAAUCGCUAAGCUUCUGGAGUAUCCAAAGCACCAGCAACUUUAUUUAGAACUGGAGGAGAGUAAAUUUCGAAAGAGGGGGAAUUACACGGUCAACCUCAGGUUCAUCUCGAAGCUGACCAACGAACUCGAAGGGUUCUAUCUCAGCAGCUACGUCACUGCUGAGGGAGAAAAGAGAUUCUUGGCCACGACGCACUUCGAGCCCACUUAUGCACGUUCGGCCUUCCCUUGCUUUGAUGAACCGCACUUCAAGGCUAAAUUCAAAGUGUCCAUCUUUAGGGACAGGUUUCACAUAGCACUUUGCAACAUGCCAGUGGUGAACACAGAAGAUGCUGGGUUCUACAUGGGAACCGGCCUUCUGCGAGACGAUUUCCAAGAGUCCGUCGAAAUGUCGACGUACCUCGUGGCCUUUGUGGUUUGCGACUUUAAACGCGUCUCGGAAAUGACGAAAAGAAACGUUUCCGUAAGCGUUUAUGCGGCCGAGUCGAUGCUUCCGCAGGCGAAUUAUGCUGCCCAAUCUGCAGCUCGGAUUAUGGAUUACUACGAGGCUUUCUUCGGGGUUCCUUACCCUCUACCAAAGCAAGAUUUAAUAGCCAUCCCGGACUUCGCUGCCGGUGCCAUGGAGAACUGGGGUCUGAUAACUUACAGGGAAACUUCUAUUCUCUACGAUCCAGCAAAAACGUCCAUGGUGAGCCGUGAAUGGAUCGCAGUGGCCGUGGCCCAUGAAUUGGCCCACCAAUGGUUCGGAAAUCUGGUGACCAUGAAAUGGUGGAACGACUUGUGGCUGAACGAAGGAGCUGCCAGCUUCUUCGAGUACAAAGGGGUUGACUACAUAGCUCCAGAGUGGAGUAUGAUGGAUCAGUUCGUGACGGAGAAGGUUCAGCCAGCCUUAAGUUUGGAUGCCACAGCCAGCAGCCAUCCAAUCAGCGUGCCGGUGAAGGAUCCAACGGAAAUCGAGGCCAUUUUCGAUACGAUCAGCUACAGCAAAGGAGCUUCUAUUCUGUACAUGUUGGAGACCUUUUUGUGCGAGCACGUCAUGAGAAAAGGCCUUAAUGACUACUUGAACAUCCACGCGUAUGGGAACGCCGACACUAAUGAUCUUUGGGCUGUCUUCACCAAACACGCUAAUCACAGCUUCGACGUUAAGGCUAUCAUGGACACGUGGACCCAGCAGAUGGGCUUCCCUCUUAUCACCAUUACCAGAGAUGGUAACACCAUAACUGCUGCCCAGAAGAGACUUCUUCUUUCGCCGAUUCGAAACGAAAGUGAGCGUCUCGAACCGAAAUCACCGUUUAACUAUAAGUGGUACGUUCCGCUUAGUUAUUACACUGACAAGGAGCCGAGGAAGCUACAUACAGUUUGGAUGAACAUGAGUGACGUGACUUUUGAGAUCCCGGCCGACGUGGAAUACAUCAAGUGCAACGUGAACCAGACCGGCUUCUACAGAGUUUCUUACCCCGGAGAGAUGUGGGCAGCUAUCAUUGCGACUCUUCUGAACAACCACACGAGAUUUACGCCGGCAGAUAGGGCGAACCUUAUCGACGAUGCGUUCAAUCUCUGCGAAGCUGGAGAGCUGAAUGCCACUGUUCCUUUGGAGCUUUCUCUGUAUCUUCUGAACGAGAGAGAUUUUGCACCUUGGGCCAGCGCGGUUCGGCAUCUUCUGAAGUGGAGGAGCAGGUUGACCGAAAGUUCUGCCUACAAGAGGUACACGGAGUUCGUGAAGAAGCUCGUGAGUCCUGUCACCAGAUACGUCGGAUGGACCGAUGAUGGACCACACUUAAAAAAAGUUCUACGUACGAUCAUGCUGAAUGUGGCGAUCGAAGUUGAUCUUGAAGAAAUUGCGAAAGCGGCGAAGACCCUUUUCGAUGACUGGAUGUUCCGAGGGAAGCGUCUGUCUCCAAAUAUUCGAGACGUUAUCCUGACUGCAGGAAUCAAAUAUGGCGGAGAAAAAGAGUGGAACUACUGCUGGGAACGGUACCAGAAAUCCCAGGUGCCUACUGAGAAAAACGUGAUGUUGCAAGCCCUUGGGGAAGCUGCGGAUCCUUGGCUGCUGCGAAGAUAUCUUCUAUAUACUUUAGACCGUGAUAAGGUCAAGCCGCAAGAUAUCGAUUCCGUCGUCUCGGCGGUUUCGAAAAAUCCCGAAGGCCAACUGCUUGCCUGGAGGCACGUCAAGGCCUAUUGGCCGCGAAUGCAGGAAAUAUUUGGCAACGGCUCCAUUUCGCUAAGUGGACUCAUAUCCAGUGUUACUGCGGACUUCACCACGGAGUACGACUAUCGCGAAGUAUCGGAGUACUUCAAAAACGUCGACAUUGGUAGUGGCCAAAGAGCUCUGGAGCAAAGUCUAGAGUCCAUCAACCUCAGCAUCCACUGGUUGGAAAGAAACGCGAUUAACAUCGACCAGUGGCUCAUCAACUACGCUAACACGUCACACGCGAGUUAAAAGCUGAACAUUGGAAGAAGACAUCGGAAGAUCCGAAGAAGUGUCCUCGGCGAUCUGUCAAAAGCCCAGUCAACCCCUGAACUCCGGCUGGACCAGAAAUGAUGAAAGUAGAGAUGUCGAGUCAAAAACUGUCUAGUAAAAAUGAAAUAGACGUAACGACGGAGGCUAUGAAAUGAAUGAAAGAGGUGAUGGCCUCUGGUAGAAAAAUGGAAGAAAUUAUGAUGUUCCCGAGGCCAAUGAUGACUAGACAGGAGUGAAGGAAAAGGAAUGCAUCUCCUUUACUUUCACUCCGCCAUUGCGAAGGAUGCAACCCUUUUAGUGGGUAGUCGCAUCAGCCGUCCCAAGAAAUAUUUUCCAAAAUGAUUCUCCGAAUCUAGAAGCUCCGAAGAAAAUAGUAGGACUGAAAGCACAUCGCGGGUACGAAUCGUGCUUUGCAAAUGUCUCCGACGAGUUUAAUGUUUCAAGUGGGUAGGUAAGAAGUCUUCGAGUAGAAUUGGCCGAAUUUGAGGCAUUGGCAUAAAUUACGUUAGUCUACAAAUUCCAAUGUACACGUUUACCUCCAAAUUCUUACCAAUUGUACUCUUGGGUAAUCGUUUCGUACGUUUAAGUAGCAUAUCAAAGUUAGGUAUGGGCGUAUGCAAAGUGUAUGCAAACCAAAGAAAAAAAAAAAGAAAAAACUGCGAGCCAAAGAGCUUUCAGGAUUACGAGAGCUUGUCCGAUUCCGAAAUUAAGUCUGUGUCGUCGCGCGGCUUCACGUCGUCCGAUUAAUAAUGAAAAUCAAAUAAUCGUGGAUACGCGUAUAUUUAGAGGAAACCAAAUGUCGGUGUCGUGUGUGCCGUGUGUUCAUGUUACUCGAGGAUACCAAAAAGCCGCAUAUUGCGCGACCUGCGUCGUCCAAAACGGCCGAUAAUUCUAGUAUUAAUUAUAGAGAACUGGAUAUUUUACUAUGGGGAAAUGUAAAUUUGUAUAGUCACGUGUCGCUUUGUACAAGUGCAUUUUGGGGUCCGACACCCAGCUCGAAAGUGUGGUAAAAGUGUCAAAAGCUGAUGGCACAAAUGAACGCAUGUACCUGAACGUUUAUAAAAAAUUAAUUUAAAAUUUUAUUCGGAACUGCACCGAAGUCAUUAUAUUUUUUUUUGCAUCGUGCAUAAACAGUUACAUGUCUGCUAAUUGCUAAUUUUGACAUUCUUAUCGUGCUUUCGAAACUGGGGCUUUCGCACCUAAUAAGUGGUCCCACCGUGCAGAAUCGCGAUAAAAUAAGUCCAACAAGCGAAUCUGAAAUUAUUCGCGAUCGAAGACGCCUAAAAUCGCUGUUGAUGUCUCAAAAUUCAACUGCAAGGAACUCGCCACCUUCGCAAACGACGAUAGCGAACGCGGCGCCUACUCAAGCUCUUCUGAUAAGCUCUUCUAACUAUUUUCUACGCACCGUUGACAUUCAACUGCCCGAAUUAACGUCGACCUAAGUCGACGAAUUUUGAUGAACCUAGAUGAUCGUGGAGAUGCAAAUUUUUCAUCGCAUCCCCUCGACGCGGUCGUAGUCUUGAAAUAAAAAUGGGAAUUCCGACCGAAUCUCUCAUUUCGAUUUUUGGAGAUUCUUUCGCGGUCAUUCCGCCCAGAUAGAAAUUCAGGACCAUCAUAUACGAUGGGGAAAAUAGAUUUACAAACAAUUUGCAGACCAUGUGCUGCAUGCAAUGCAAUUGUUUAUCGACAAUGCGUGAGAUAAAUUUAGCUGUACGUUUGCGUACAGACAUUGAGACAUUGUAUGCACUUAACUUUGUUUCAUAUUUCAGUAUUUUUGGUUCGUCAUUGUGUAGUGCAGAUAUGAGUUCCAACUGAGGAUUCAUGAGCAACACCCUCGUGUCUCGUAUCAUGAACUUUUGUCAGGCAAAUUUCAUGAAAAUUUUGCGUCACAUCGUCUAUCUGGGCGGAAUCUCUCGCCAGUAAAACGCACAAUGCGUAUUAUCUACACCUGUAAAUAAUGGCCCGAUAAGCUCUUCGUCAUUUUUUCAAUUACGUAGAUUUUUAUACACUCCUAUCGCGAAUCGACGAGUGGACGCACAACUAGAUACUUAUAUGUAAAUAGCAUAUUUUUUCACUAACAAUUUCUCUCUCUCUCUCUCUCUCUAUUUCUUAGUAUCACCGGGACAUUAGAUUUUUUAUUUUGUAAAAAUCAUUUUGAGACGCGGUGUAUCUCUAAUGCAUCGAUAUUUAUUAAUAUGCGUCUAUCUCUCGUUCCAACGAUUGAGCAGGCCUACAAAUUACAUCGUUUAUGUAAGAUAAUUGUUUAAACUCUAACGCAAUCUCUAUCCUUGUCGGAUUUAGUUUCUCAUUUUGCAGAAUCUCUCCUAACUGACCAUUUCUUUGAAAUUAUGAACUUAACAAUUCGAGCUAAGUCUUGGACUAUUUAGUUAACUUAUUAAACUAAAGUUUCGAGUUCAUUACCAUUAGGUCCCACGACUAAUCUCACUAUUAAUUUAAUGUUAAUUUUUGAAAAUAAUAGAUGGAUAUUUAGGUGUGGCGACGUGCUUUUUAUAUUAUGGCGAGGUUAUCGUGUAAGCAAGGUAAACAAAAAAAAAUAUGACAAGACAUGAUUAAAAAGUUGCGACGAAAAAACAGUAUUUCAUUCAAUCGCAGAAGACUAUAUGCAGCGCCUGAUUGUGCGGCAUAAGAAGUAAGUAAUAAUGCAGAAAGAGGAGGAAAAAUGAUCAUUACCAGUGUAAUAAUAUCUAUAUUGUAUACUGCUCUUUACGAGAUUAAGAUCCCUCGACACUUCGAACUCGCCUCGGCCAAAGUUUAUCUUAAAUUAUUCCAAAUAAGUGGGUUAUAAUUAUUAACAUAGUGUCAUUAAACGGAUUUAUUUUCUGUUUUCUAAGGUACGUUUCGCAUGCUUUGUCGAGUAAUCAUAUCACUUAAAACCAAUGCAAUUGUUUACGAAACUUACAUUGUAAAUCCAUUCCAUGCUUAUUUACUUACUCCUCCAAAUAUCUGAUAUUUUUAUUGUUUAAGAUUGUGUCGUCCAGUAAUUUUAGAUAUAAGUAUCGAGGGAUCUUGAUAUGAGACUAC